UUUGCACAAGACCGGAAGUACGAGUACGCCACGAUUUUGAAACGCUAGAUAGCUAGUGUUAGCUAAAGUUAGCAUUACUUUUAGCUGCAACGGUCAUCCUAUCAUACGUUUCAUUGUCUAUGAAGAAAUGUCUCCAUUAAAUGGAAGCAGUGAUGUUAUAUUUGAGGACGAUGAUCUUCCCUAUGAAGAGGAAAUCAUCAGGAACCCUUACUCUGUCAAGUGCUGGAUGCGUUAUAUCGAAUUCAAACAGAACGGACCUAAAUCCACCCUCAACAUGAUUUAUGAAAGAGCGCUCAAAGAACUUCCUGGCAGCUAUAAGCUCUGGUACAAUUAUCUGAGAGAGAGACGGAAGCAAGUCAAAGGAAAAUGUGUCACUGAACCAGCACAUGAGGAGGUCAAUAAUUGCCAUGAAAGGGCACUGGUGUUCAUGCAUAAGAUGCCUAGAAUAUGGCUGGAUUACUGCCAGUUCCUUGUGUCUCAAUGCAAGAUAACAAGAAGUCGGCGAACGUUUGACCGUGCACUCAGAGCUCUUCCUGUUACUCAGCAUCCUCGCAUCUGGCCUCUGUAUCUCCGCUUUGUCCGCAGCCUGCCUCUUCCUGAGACAGCCAUUCGGGUAUAUCGCAGAUACCUUAAGCUUUCUCCAGAGAAUGCAGAAGAAUACAUAGACUACUUACGCACUGUUGGCCGCUUGGAUGAAGCAGCUGUUCGACUAGCAGCUGUUGUCAAUGAUGAAAACUUUUUAUCCAAAGAAGGCAAAUCUAAUUAUCAACUGUGGCACGAGCUUUGCGACCUGAUCUCUCAGAACCCCGACAAGGUGACCUCCCUGAAUGUAGGAGCGAUUAUCCGAGGAGGACUUACUCGUUUCACGGACCAACUUGGAAAACUAUGGUGCUCUUUAGCUGACUAUUACAUCAGGAGUGGCCACUUUGAGAAAGCCCGUGAUGUGUAUGAAGAGGCAAUCCUUACAGUGGUUACAGUAAGAGAUUUCACACAGGUUUUUGAUAGCUAUGCCCAGUUUGAAGAGAGUAUGAUUGCUGCCAAGAUGGAGACCACUGCUGAGAUGGGGCAGGAGGAAGAUGAUGACAUAGACUUGGAGCUUAGACUGGCCCGCUUUGAGCAGCUGAUAGCCCGGCGGCCCCUCCUUUUAAACAGUGUACUAUUGAGGCAGAACCCCCAUAAUGUACAUGAAUGGCACAAGCGGGUCAAACUGUAUGUGGGGAAUCCACGUCAAAUCAUCAAUACCUAUACCGAGGCAGUACAGACAGUGGAUGCAAUGAAAGCGACAGGGAAACCUCAUUCACUCUGGGUUUCUUUUGCAAAAUUUUAUGAGGAAAAUGAGCAACUGGAUGAUGCAAGGACAAUCUUUGAGAAGGCUACCAAGGUGAAUUACAAGCAGGUAGAUGACCUUGCUGCUGUGUGGUGCGAAUAUGGCGAAAUGGAGCUUCGCCAUGAGAACUAUGAACAGGCGCUGCGCAUCCUGAGGAAAGCCACAGCUAUCCCAUCUAAGAAAGCAGAGUACUUCGAUUCAUCUGAACCAGUCCAAAACAGAGUGUACAAAUCCUUGAAGGUCUGGUCUAUGCUGGCAGACCUGGAGGAGAGUCUUGGCACGUUUCAGUCUACGAAAGCUGUGUAUGAUCGCAUUAUUGACCUCCGCAUUGCUACACCCCAGAUCGUUAUAAAUUAUGCGAUGUUCCUUGAAGAGCACAACUACUUUGAGGAAAGCUUUAAAGCAUAUGAGCGUGGAAUUGCUCUCUUCAGGUGGCCAAAUGUUUAUGACAUCUGGAACACUUAUCUCACCAAGUUCAUUGAUCGUUAUGGAGGCAAGAAGCUGGAGAGAGCAAGAGAUUUAUUUGAACAAGCCCUGGAUGGCUGUCCGGCCAAAUUUGCCAAGACCAUUUACCUGUUGUAUGCCAAAUUGGAGGAGGAGUAUGGUUUGGCACGACAUGCCAUGGCGGUCUAUGAAAGAGCAACACAGGCAGUUGAAACUGAGGAGAGACAUCACAUGUUCAAUAUUUACAUCAAGCGAGCAGCUGAAAUUUAUGGAGUUACAUAUACCAGGGCAAUUUACCAAAAGGCUAUUGAGGUUCUGCCUGAUGAGCAUGCAAGGGAAAUGUGUCAGCGAUUUGCAGACAUGGAGAGCAAACUGGGUGAGAUUGAUCGGGCGAGGGCUAUCUACUCCUACUGUUCCCAAAUCUGUGACCCAAGGGUUACAGCUAAUUUCUGGCAGACGUGGAAAGAAUUUGAAAUUCGCCAUGGUAACGAGGACACCAUUAGAGAGAUGCUGAGGAUCAAACGCAGUGUCCAGGCCACGUACAACACUCAGGUCAACUUCAUGUCCUCUCAGAUGCUAAAGGCCACUACAAGCUCCACUGGUACAGUGUCAGAUCUUGCUCCAGGACAGAUGGGAAUUGAUGACAUGAAAAUGUUGGAGCAGAAGGCUCAGCAGCUUGCUGCAGAAGCUGAGCAAGACAAACCCAAGCCAAAAGAAAAGAUUCUCUUUGUCAGAAGUGACACUUCUCGCAGUGAGUUGGCUGAGCUAGCCAAACAAGCCAAUCCCGAUGAGAUUGACAUUGAUGAUGAUGAUGACGGCAAUGAGGAUGAAGACCAAGGGCCUGAUGAGGUGCAGCUAGAACAGAAGAGUGUCCCCACAGCUGUAUUUGGAGGCCUAAAAGAUGACUGAAGCUCCCUUUUCUCUUUCUCUGAAAGAAUGUGAGGAUUUCAUCUUUUGUGCUUCAGUCUGAAUUUUGUAGUAGAGGGAGUAGACAAAGCUGUAACUAACCUAAUGUUAGUUUUGGCCACAAGGUGUCAGUCUUUUAUAAGCGUCACUGGAAGAGAAUUGCUGUUUAGCAGUUUUUUUGUUACUUUUCCAACAUUAUGUAAAAUAAUUUACUGUAUAAACACUUCUUCACCUAUUAAAUGCAGAAAUGUUUCAAAGAUAUCUGCCCUGGAAACAAUAGGGGAGGAGCAUAGUUUCUUCAGCAGGGAGCAUUCAAGCUUCACAGUGUUGGCUUAAAUUUCAUUAGUAGGCUGGAGGUCUUACAACGUCCAUUGGAUCUGAAUACAAAAAAUGACUUAACUUUAUUCAAAGUUUUUUUGAUCUUUGAAUGUUGAUGAAAAUGUAUGUCAAACAUCAAGGGGAGUGCACAUUUUGGAAUUUGUGAUAUGUAUUAGUUUUUGAAAUAUGCCCCACUUAUUCUAGCAGUGAGUAUGUGAUGCUUUUUCUACCCUGUCCUAAAACCUCAUUUCUAAUAAAAAUGGACUUAUGUUAUAAACCGUGA